UUUAAAAGCUCCUCACCAUUCUCCUAUCUGCUGUGCAGCUCGCAGUCUCACUCAGCACAGCAGUACCCCACUCUGUCACACACUUCUUCAAUAAUAAGCCCUUCCAUCCCGCAAUGUCGGCCGCCAGCACCGAGACUAGCGCCCCGCUGCCCACCGCCGGCGGCCGCGUCUUCUUCCAAGGUGCGCCCGGAGUUGGCUGCGUGGGGUCCGGCCCCAUCACCGGGGACGACCCGGUCCAGAAGAAACAGGGCAAAGUGACGGUCAAGUACGACAGGAAAGAGCUGCGGAAAAGACUCGUCCUGGAGGAGUGGAUCAUCGAGCAGCUCAGCGAGUUGUAUGACUGUGAGGAGGAAGAGAUGCCUGAGGUAGAGAUAGACAUAGAUGAUCUGUUGGAGGUCAACAGUGACGAUGAGAGAGCCAGCAAACUGCAGGAAUCAUUAAUAGACUGCUACAAACCAACAGAGGUCUUUGUCCGUGAGUUGCUGGGCAGGAUAAGGGGAAUGAGAAAACUCAGUGCGCCAACUAAGAAGGGCCUAUAAUGGCUGUGAUUUCAACUGUCAAUCAACCAUAAACACAUCUCAGCUCCACCUACUUAACCCACUCAACCUGGACUGUCAUCACACAGAAAAAAACUUAUCUAAACAUAACAGCAUUACUAACUAUCCUGCAACUUGCAAACAGGCACCAUAAACUCCAUGCAUAUAGCACUAGUCAUUCAUUUCACAAUCACGUAGAAUAACAAGGUGUAUUAUAAUAUUUGACUGUUGAAAGGUACUUAAGCAAAACAGAGCCAACAUGGUUAAAUAACAUUACAGCCACAAUAAAAUGUCAAGCCCUGGAAGGUGCCAGAACUGCAACUGUGCUUUAUACCACCUUAUUCCACAUUUCAGAGCCAUGUUAAAAUCUGAUGCUGUAAUACCUACAGCCAUAUAGCAUAAAACACCAACAUAAACCGGAGGUGGUAAAAAAAAAAAAAAUGUUUGUACUGCAGUAGGUGUGAAAUUAGCUGAAGCACUAUGUAAACAUGGUGCUUCAUGGUUUUGUCAUUUUUUUACUGAGGUAUUUUGCUGUUACUUCUUUUAAAUAAAAUGUACUGUAUGUUGCCAUUUAUUGUUCAUGUGAUUGAAAUGUGCUCUUCAACAGUUUUCAUUUUUCCUACUUUAAAGUCACCGUGCUCAUUCUUACUCCGUCAGUGCUUGCAAAUGCAAGGGAGCUCUGUAGUUUUAUUUUAAGCUCAAGGCAUUAAUACAUAAAUUCUGUCAUGUGUGAUGGUGUGAUCUGUAAGCUCUGGAAAGAGGAAAAGGUUAGGCUUAAAUAGUGUGAAGAUUUUUGCUUUUUACCCACUGUUCUAGAAUACUUUUCACUACAGCAAGGCAUGAUGGGUGUUGCAGUUCUUGCAUAAAACACCUGUAUGAUUGGCAGGAAAAGUGUUAUCCAUUGCUCUCCUUCAUCAGUGUAAGUGUCAGUUGGUCAUCUAGGUUUAAACACAAAGCUCAUACAUUGCAGUUGUUUCUUAGACUCUGGUUCACUUAACCCUGCUAACUUGCUUCUCUAAUAGUGGUUGAUGUUGCCUUUAAGGACAUUCAGGAUCAGUUCACUUUCUCAGCACUGAACCUUAACUACUGACAACCUAAAAGGCAAACAUGGUUGAAUCUGAACUUGGUGACAACUUGAAACUUUGACACAGAAACCUGUCAGGUCCUGUAAGGGAAGGUGUGCCAAAACUGGGAGUAUUACAUCUUAAACGUCAUAGAGGCAUUAGUGUGAUAGAGCAUUUCCACAGAGAUAGUUUGUCAAGUUUGCGAAGACAUCUUCACCUGGACGGGGAAUUUUAAGAUGAUUCAAACUUUUCCAGGUUGCAGAAAGUUGCAUAAUCCCAGGUUUGAGAGGUGGAUUUAGUAAUGUAUUGUUGUAAAUGUGCACCAACACAUUCUAAAACCUAUUAGCUCUGGUACAAUCAUGACUCUGUCAUGGGGUUGGGCCCUGUUUCACUUCCGAGCAGUAAAUCGUGUACUGACCAGAGUAGAGCGGACCUAAUUCUGCCCUAUGAUAUACCCUCAGCUGCCAAAGACAAAAGCAGGGCAAUGUUGGAUUUUAACAUAACACUUGCAAAGCACCCGUCUUGCAUGCUAAAAAACAGAGAAAAAAACACCAAUAAAGAA